UAUAUACAGGCGGCACGUAAUGCUCCCGCCUUUAGAACGACCAGCGAGACCGAGCUUGGAGGUUCCUGCUUCAACAGUGAUUGGACGGAACUCCCCCUUCUCGGCUCCGCCGCCUCCGCCCGAUAGCCCCGCCGCCGCCGCCACCACCCUCACUGCCACGCUGCCAUGGCUUCCUCUCCUUCCCAGGUGCGCCAGAACUACCAUCAGGACUGCGAAGCGGCCAUCAACCGGCAGAUCAACUUGGAGCUUUACGCUUCCUACGUGUACCUCAGCAUGUCCUACUACUUUGACCGUGAUGAUGUGGCUCUGAAGAACUUUGCCAAAUACUUCUUACACCAGUCCCAUGAGGAGCGCGAGCAUGCAGAGAAACUUAUGAAACUGCAGAACCAGAGGGGUGGUCGCAUUUUCCUACAGGACAUCAAGAAACCAGAUCGUGAUGAUUGGGAGAGUGGGCUGACUGCAAUGGAAUGUGCUUUGCACUUGGAGAAGAAUGUGAACCAGUCUCUGUUGGAACUGCAUAAACUGGCAACUGACAAAAAUGAUCCUCAUUUAUGUGAUUUCAUUGAAACACACUAUCUGGAUGAGCAGGUCAAAUCUAUCAAGGAGCUGGGUGAUCAUGUGACCAAUCUGCGCAAGAUGGGGGCACCAAAAUCUGGAAUGGCAGAGUACUUGUUUGACAAGCACACCUUGGGAGAAAGUGACAAUGAGAACUAGAGGCCUGCCAUUUAUGCCUCACUGGAACUGGAGCUUUUUGUUUGACCAUGCAUGUUUCCUUGGUUUAUCCCUAACACUUUCCAUGACUGUAAAAAAAAUCAAAAUUUUGUUGUAUCUAAUGCCCAAUAAACUGACUUGGUUCCA